AUGCAGGAUCCAAAAGUAAUUUUAUUAGUGAGUGGAAAAAGAAAAUCAGGAAAAGAUUUCAUAUGCGAAAAACUUAAAACAAAGUUAGGAGAAAACAUAUGUUCAAUUAUUAGAAUAUCAGGCCCAUUGAAGGGGCUAUAUGCCAGUUUACACAAGCUUGAUUUGCUUGAGCUGAUGAGUGAUAGUCCUUACAAAGAAAAACAUAGACUGAAUAUGAUAAAAUGGAGUGAAGGUGAAAGAGAUAAAGAUAAUGGAUAUUUUUGUAGAGCAGCUUGUGCUGAAGCAACAGUGACACCAGUUUGGAUUGUUAGUGACAUUAGAAGAAAAUCUGAUAUUGAAUGGUUUAAAGAAACAUACAGAGGCAUUACAAAAACUGUUAGAAUCUCAGCUGAUCUUGAUACAAGGAAAAAUAGAGGAUGGAAAUUCACAAAAGAUGUUGAUGAUGCACCUUCAGAAUGUGAUCUAGAUGAUUUUAAUGCUUGGGACAUAAUGCUAGAUAAUAAUAACACACAGCAGUUAGAAACUGCAAUUAUUACUGUUCUGGAGUUUCUUCAUAUUUACACAAAUAAUGUGUAA